CAUGGCUGGUGUCUGCAAGACGAAGACAACUCAAUAGGAAGCUGGUAAAUGCUCGGUGAUUUGGUGUGAUUUAGGGUUGACCUUCACCCGGUAGUGGAAUGCAGUAGAAUGGGUAAAUACUUAUAUCAGCAAUUUGUUUUUUACACUAUCAGGCUGCGAAGAAUAAUAACUAAAUGAAGAACAUGAAUGAAUUUCAGUUUCAUAAACUGUAUCAGUCAACUGCUAAUUAUUGAUAGAGUUUUACAUUAAUGUCAUUUUUUUAUCGUAAGUCCUUUUACUUAAGCACCUAAAUCUACUCACAACGUCUUCAAAUAUAACAAAGCACUCUUACAACUAUACAAAAACAAGAAAAAAGAAGUUGACAGCCCCAAGUCCGUCCCGGCAAUUGAAAACAAUAGCUACAGUAAACAGUUGGUUAAGUUAGCAAAAGCAACCAAUCACUCGACGACGAUGCAGGGGUGGGUGUGUGCGCUCGGCGUCCUGUGCCUCUUCGGAGUGACAUCAGGCAGCCUGUUCCGUUACCACCGAGGCACGUUCCGUCGCACAGACGACUGUAACAUCUGCUUCGCUGACGACUGUCUGGUGCUGGACCAGGCGCGAUGUGACUACUACGUGGAGACAGAUAACCUGCUAGACAAGGACGACGAUACACCAGCGUUCUCUGGUAACGAGGAGCUCAGGAAGGAAUGUGAUUCGUUACUACAUGAUCAUGUGGAAAAAGCCUUAUUAUCUGCGACUCCGAUGGAAUGUAUACCGUUCAUAUCCCGAUAUACCGACUGUAAUAAAGAGAAUGUGUGUAUCGGCUGCAAGUCCUGCUCGUGCACCGCUGAAGGCAAGUGGAACUGCUCGUCCAGCCAGCAGUGUCACACCAAGGACGCUGAGCUUAACAUCGACCACCGCGUUCUCGUGCUAGUGCUGGAGAACAUGAUGGAUGAUACCAAGCGAAGGAAAUCAAAGCGCUCUGUGACAGGCAGCCCCGAGGAACUGAAGAACGUCACGACGUUAUCACUAGAGCAGAUGUCGGAGUGGAUAUACGGGGUGAAGCCGCUGGAGCAGAAGUACAGCCUCACGCAGGCGCACACCACGUCCGGGAGUACGCUGCGGAAUGGGUCUGAGGUUACGGAGACGGUUACGACGGCUAUGUCUACGGAAACUGCAACAACAAAAGCAACAGCUAACCCACCAGGAGUCACUACCAAAGCUGUGAAAAACGACGCAACAACAAUAGAACCAUCAACCAUGUCAGACAGCGAUUAUGUGGCCUUCGACGAAGUACUCCGAAGCAUCGCAGUAGACAACAAAAGUUAUAACCGAAGAAAACUACCAUUGGAUAACGAACUAAGCAACAAAACAUUCGACAUAGAUUACAUGUUAAUGGAUGAUGAAAAUAUUAAUAAUAUAACGACUGAAAAUGCAACAGCCGAUGAAUUAAGUUAUGUAAUAAACUUCAUGCGUGAUGAAGAGGUUACUGAACCUCCUAUAGAUAUAGAUGAGUCUACUAAAAUAGUUAUUGAUUUGUUGGAGACCGUUGCACGUGGUGCACCUAACACUACUGAGGCUCAAGAUUUCGAAGUAUACAAUAAAGAUGAAGACAUAAGAAACGGAUUUGAAAAUACAAACGACAUUAUAGAGUACAAUGCCGUCAACAUCAUGAAAAGAGAAAUCACAGAAAACAGCAUGAUGAACGUCACGAAUGCUCUAACAUUCAUAAUUAACACCACAAACACAACCUAUGUGACUGAAGACGCCAUAGAUCUCACUGAAACUGUUCUGGUACCUUUGAAUAAAAUCAUUAAUGACAAAAAGAGAGAACUAGAAGAGCUAAAGAGAAUUAAAGGGAAUCUUCUAAAGUAUGCUAAAGUUGAUGACAGGGGAACCGAAGACAAUAAAUUGGAAAACAUAACAAGCAACACAUUUUUCUCCAUUUACAAUUUAGCUGUCAACUCUGACCCCGAAAUAGAUUUCAGGAAAACUCUCAAAGCAACAAAGUUCGAUUUAGAUAAAUACACAAAAAAACUAAAGAACGAUAUUUACGAAGUAAUACGUGACAUAACUUUAAUACAAAAGUAUACGAAAACAGCGCUACCUGACGAUUUAAAAAAUCUUAUAAUCGCAAUGAAACGCUACGUCUACAGAAACAAAAUUAAAGACAUUAAAUUUGACAAAACUAUUCCAAAAAAAGGUAAAUCUGAUAGACGUAGAAUGGAUGAGAGCUUAAGUCGAUGUGCGUUAAUUUCAUUCAAGGAUUGUAUCAUCUUAAUUAUUGAAGCUGUUGACAAAGAUAUGCCAAAGUCUCAUGCUCUGUCCGUGUUAUCACCGUCCGCGAGAAAGAUACUAAAGAGUAUUAUCAAAGAUUUUUACACAGAUGAAUAUGCAGCAGUAGGGUUGAGAGUACACGACCCUGAUUACAACAUGACAACUGAUCUCAAACAAAUUGGCGGAAAAUGGCAAGAAAUGACGGCGAGAAUAGUCAACAGCUCGCCGUUCGUCACCCUAUAUAGAAUGAAACUGUUGCAUUUUGUUUUGACAAUGGACGUAAGUAAAAUGGUCGACGCAUUAGCACUCGUCGAUUUUGCUCACAGCAGACGAAUGUUCCCGAGCCUGGAUAAUGUAAGUGAUGACGUAUUGGAUAAAAUUAAUAACGGAUUGAAAGCGAUACAUAACAAAAUACAAAUCAUUAUUCGUUACUAUCAGAAGAAACCCAAACCCGCAGUUAAACCAACUAUCCGACCGAGAACUGAUGAGGAAACAACAAUAAAUUCUUUGUUGAAAGCAAUUGAUUCACGUAAAAAGAAAAAGCGAUCGUUUAUAAAACACAUACGAAGCUUGCUAAAGAGUUCCAAGAAGGAUAUUGCCGAACUUCUGCACAGAAAAGUUCCAAAAUCUGAAAUAGUGAAGCAGCUUGCCAGGAAGAAACUAGACGAGCUUUCGGAAAAAAGAUACAGCGAAUACCAAGAGACUAUGAAACGAUGGCAGAACAAUUUAGACCUUUCGCCAAGGAUCAAAAGGGCCAUGCCUGAUCAUUUCAAAGCGCGGAUAAAGAAUAUUAUACCUAAUUACCUCAGGCAUAAGGUAAAUAAGGGAAUUAAGGAUAAAAAGAAGAACGCUACAGAAUAUCUAGGAUGGAAAGCGAACGAAAGGAACAAGAGGAAAAAGCGCAAAAACAGAAGAAAUACUACGACAACUACACUGAAAACAAGCGAGGGUUUAACACCGAAGAAGCUGACAACCAGAGCAAUGACUACCACAGCCAAGAUCAAUGUGACACAAACAACUAAGGCCGCGUCAGUAACGGUUACUACCAAAAAACCAAUCACAGUAACGAAAUCUGGAAUAACAAAAGCCAGUCUUUCUACAGCCAGGAUUACAAAAGCCACCCUUACAACAGCUAAACAUUGAUUACAUUAUGAUACAUACAACGAUAAAGUACAAUUCGAU